AUUUUUUAAUUGAAUUUGUACCGAUUCUGUUAUAUGCUCGUGAGAGGUGUUUUUAUUUUUUAAUAUGAAAUAAAGUUGAAAACUUAGCCGGCUAAUAAUUGAUUUUAUGCCGCCUCUAAAGUUUUUAAUGUCUGCCGCCGCCAACGUAAACAUUUAUCGGCGCAGAAUUUUGCUGCUUGUCUUCGUGUCGUGCUAAGAAAUCUGUUUUUUCAAUCAAAUCUGAGUUUUUAUAUAAAUAUUUCUUAUAAAUGCACAAAAAGUGCAAAAUAAAUGAAUUAAAUACGACGCACAAUUUGUAGAAAUCCUGGCCGAUCUUGAUUUUGCGGAAAUAAUAGAACGAUAAUUAACCAUCUACAAAUACCGACAAUUUUCUUGCCUAAAAGCUCUUCCUUUUCGUUCCCCCGCCCUUCAGUAUCAAUUUGUGCGUAGUAAGUAUACCAAAAAGAAAAGUGAACAAAUUGUGAAAUAAGAAAAUAAAAGGAAAAACAGGGAAUUAAUUUAACGUGAAAAAUAUAAAAAAAAUCUGGAAUUAUAACAGUUAAUUAAAUAAUAGCAUCAAUAUACGUUAGUAGCCGUUGAUAAUAUAAUAAAAGUCAUCAGCAAAACAGAGGAUUUAAGGGAAGAGGAAAUCAUUGAAAAAUAUACCAAAGGCAAGAGAUGUCCGACAUGAAUAUUGAUAGCAUUAUAUCAAGAUUAUUGGAAGUACGUGGCGCCAGGCCAGGAAAAAAUGUACAACUAUCUGAGAGUGAAAUACGAGGAUUAUGUUUAAAGUCUAGAGAAAUUUUUCUUUCACAACCCAUUUUGUUGGAAUUAGAGGCUCCAUUAAAAAUAUGUGGUGACAUUCACGGACAAUAUUAUGAUCUUUUGCGUCUAUUCGAAUACGGCGGAUUUCCUCCAGAAUCAAAUUAUCUGUUUUUGGGUGACUAUGUAGAUCGUGGUAAACAGUCUCUGGAAACAAUAUGUUUAUUGUUGGCGUACAAAAUCAAAUAUUCUGAAAAUUUCUUUUUACUACGUGGAAAUCAUGAAUGUGCCAGCAUUAAUCGAAUUUAUGGUUUUUAUGACGAGUGUAAAAGACGUUACACCAUUAAAUUAUGGAAAACUUUUACAGAUUGUUUCAAUUGCUUACCUGUGGCUGCUAUAGUGGAUGAAAAAAUAUUUUGCUGCCAUGGCGGUCUUAGUCCGGAUCUUACAUCAAUGGAGCAAAUAAGACGUAUCAUGCGACCUACUGAUGUACCCGAUCAAGGCCUUUUAUGUGAUCUUUUAUGGUCAGAUCCUGAUAAAGAUACAAUGGGAUGGGGAGAAAAUGAUCGUGGUGUCAGUUUUACAUUUGGUGCAGAGGUUGUGGGAAAAUUUUUACAAAAACACGAAUUUGAUUUAAUUUGUCGUGCUCAUCAAGUUGUCGAAGACGGGUAUGAAUUUUUUGCUAAACGGCAACUUGUCACACUUUUCUCAGCACCAAAUUAUUGUGGAGAAUUUGAUAAUGCGGGUGCCAUGAUGUCCGUGGAUGACACUUUAAUGUGCUCAUUCCAAAUAUUGAAACCUGCUGAUAAAAGGCGAUUUGUUUAUCCUAAUUUCGGAAGUUCAGGGCGACCUUUAACUCCUCCAAGAGGAGCCAAUAAUAAAAACAAAAAGAAAUAAGUUCAAAGUUCAAAUAGUAUGUUCAAAAAUUUUUACAAACCCAAAUGUGUGGUUAACUAAUAAAUUAUAAUAAAAAAAUGAAAACACCAUUUAAUAAAGUAAAAUCUACAAAAUGUUAACACAAACACACUCCCAUACACAUACACUGAUACGUUUUGUACAAUAAUAUUAUACAUAAAUAUUAAUUUUUUAAUCUAAUUAAAAAUGUCUACAUUUUUAGAACUUUUGUUUAACAAAUUGAAUUGUUUCCACUUUUAAUGUGUUUAUUUUUAUGCUUCCUUUUGGUUUUUUUACAUAGAAUGUAUUUUUGUUAAAAAAAAUAAUUUUAAGAUAACUUAUUGUUUUUAGUUUUGUAUUUUAUUUUUCAUUUUAAGCUACAAUUCUUUUUAAGUUGUUAGUUGUAUUUGUAUUUCAUUUUUCUUAACAUAAUGAACAUCCUUACAACUUAAAAUGAUAAUUUUUACACCAAAUAGAAAUCAACACCAGAUUUUUUAAGCAACAAAUCAUUCAAAUACUAAGAAGAAAAACAAACGAACACGAAUAUUUUUUAAUAUAAUAAAUUAUAAUAAAAAACGAAUUUGUUUCAAUCGAAUACUAAAACAUUUGAAAUGAUUUUUGUUCUUAUCAACAAUACACAAAAUCGUUUAGUUCAAAGAAAUUCAAACUAUUUAUAAUAUUUAUACACACACACUUUCACACAAAACACCGUUUCACAGGCAAGAAAUGUAAUAAAUAUAAAAUAAUUAAAUAAAUGUAUUGUAAUUGUAUAUUAUAAGCGUUAAAAAUACUACAGCAUACUUCGAAGUGGAGAAAAAAACAAAUAAGAAAAAGAAUUAACAAAAAACCUUAAAAAUGAACUUACAUUUACACAAACAAAAAAGAGGCACUUUAUAA